AUGGAUGUUACAGGACUGACCUGGGAGCAAUUUGAGACACUAUUCAAUGAACAGUACUUCCCUCAGAGUUACAGGGAAGAAAAAGCGCUGGAAUUUAUGUCUCUACUGCAAGAAGACAUGUUUGUAAAGGAAUAUGAGGCCAAGUUUAAUGACCUAUCCCGGUUUGUGCCAUCACUAGUGGAGUCUGAACCCAUGAGGUGUCUUAAGUUUGAGAAAGGCCUCAAGAAUUCUGUGAGGAGGUCAUUGGUGGCCUUAAGGAUUCGAAACUUUCGGGAUUUGGUAGCUGCUGCUACACGGGUGGAACAGGAUAACUUGGCCUAUCACCAAAGCAAAGAAGCAACGAGUCAAGUCUCUGUCUCUGGUAGACCUUCUGUCUCAGGUGGGCCACAGCGGAGUGGUAGAAGGAACCGCAACCAGGGACAACCUGGUGGGGGAGUGGUUAGUGGUGGCAGUAGUUCGUCAGAAAGUGAUAGAAAUGCUCCGUACGGGCCCAGGUGCCACACACUCGUUUAUAUUAAGUUCUUUUGUUCGGGCUUUGUAAUGAGUGUGUGUAAAUCGUGUGAGAUCACGAUUGGCGGUGAGCGAGUGAGAGCAGAUUUGAUCAUCCUUCCGAUGAGCCUGUUUGAUGUGGUCCUCGGAAUGGAUUGGUUGUCAGAAUACGGAGCAAUUGUUGAUUGUUACCGUAGGAGAGUGACUCUGAUGACUAAGUCGAGAACAAUAAUUUCUUAUCGGGCAGAUAUGAAUCCAGUCCUAGGAGAACGACUGUUGAAGUACAGUGUUGGGGGACGGAGGAAUCUAGCCUGUUUAUCUUCUCUUCUUGCUCUAGAAGGUGAACCCGAGAUAAUUGGAGAUAGUGCGGGAAUCCCUGUAGUGGAUGAGUUUACAGAUAUAUUUCCUGAUGAGCUACCUGGUUUACCACCAGAUCGAGAAAUUGAAUUCUGUAUUGAUUUGGUCCCGGGAACGGCACCUAUUUCCAUUCCUCCAUACCGGAUGGCUCCGGCAGAGAUGAAAGAAUUAAGAACGCAGCUUGAGAAACUAGCAGAAAAGGGAUAUAUCCGGAAUAAUUCUUCCAAGAUCGAGACUGUGCUACAGUGGGAAAGGCCGAAGAAUGUAGCAGAGAUUCGUAGUUUCCUCGGAUUGGCAGGGUAUUACCGGCGUUUUGUAAAAGACUUCUCAAGCAUCGCUGCACAGAUGACUCGGUUGAUGAGGAAGGAGGUCAGAUUAAAAUGGGACGCUGAAUGCGAAAAUACUUUUCAGGAAUUGAAGAAAUGUCAACCUGAGCCGGAAGCUGUAGUGCAGUGGUUUGAUGUUUCGAUACAGUAUGACGCGUCGUACGAGGAGGCACCAGUUCAGAUUCUUGAUCGAAAGAUAAAGAGUCUACGUCAUCGUGAGAUUCCUCUAGUGAAAGUAUUAUGA